AUGUCGCCCAAGGCAGAAAACAACGCGGCUCCAGCAAAGUCGCCAGAUUGCGGUGUCUCAGAGGACCCAGCUACUCCUGGAUACUUCUGUACCUGCACGAAUGACUUCACGACGCACAUCACCGACAACCGCGCGGGGAAUUGCCCAAGUACCAUUCCGCCCACAUGGACGGUGACUCCUACUUCGUCUAGCACCUCAUCAACUAGCGAGAUACCUUUCAGUUACUAUCAGCUAUCAGACGGUGCCCUUAUCCACUGCGCAUCGUCAACUUUGUCCGAGUUCCAAGCGCUCUCAAAGGAAACUGCAACAUAUUGUGCAGGCUCCACGUCCACGGACUCUGUUUCAACGGGUGUGACCUCUACCACGACAGUCUGGCCUGCAAUCACGAGUCCAGUCACAUAUGGCAACCCAGGAUACUUCACAUCAAUGUACAUGCGGUCGCCGUCAACAGACGGCUACAAUGCUACUGCCUUCGCGGAGUCGCUAGCCUUUAGUUUCUACACGGCUUUUAGUAGUGCGUGCGCCACUACUAUCUCCAGCACAGUUACAAGCACUGCCGCCCUGUCUUUGAACACAUUUGCCACUCUCCCGGGUGGUGCAAUGGGCUCAAUGACCAGGGUCACCGAGACGGCCACCUACUAUGCAUGUGCCGCAGAGACAUUCAGCGUUUCACCUUGGGACACCGGUUCCCAGGAGUACACCGGUGGCAUUGACAAUACCGGAAAGCUAGAGAUUGCAAUUACAUCCUCCCUGUACACUGUGGAUAAUCUCCAGACAUGGCUCUGGGCUAUGGCAUAUCGAUUUGCACAUGCGACUGCGAAUUCCUUGACCUGGGAAAAGAUCUUGCGUGAAGAAGGUCGCGAAAACUUAGAGUUCUAUUACCCGUUCUUCAGGGUGCCGGGGCAACUCACGCUCGAAUUCGGUAAUAACUGGGACAAGGGCGUGGCACUUGAAAGGAUGCAAGUGGCUGCAAGCUAUAAGGAAAGUUAUGAAACAGAGCUAGCCUGCGAGAUUACGCAGGAAAUUGAGGAGGGUUUGGAAAUGUUUGUGGCUAUGGCGGCUGGGCCUGAAAUGGCUGCUCUCAGGGAGGCUUUGGAUAUAACGAUUUCCACUGAGGCAAGAAACGCCAUACACUACGGUUUAGAGAGCAGCCGUCUCAUGCUGGGUUGUGGCGAAAGUGAAGGGUGA